UUGGAUUGUCGUCCACUUCCUCAAGAUAGUUUUUCGGAGAUCCGUCCUAUCAAAGGCAUGAUAGAUAUGUGAGGACUCGUUCUAAAGAAAAUUGUUUUAGUGCUUAAGAAAUUUCUGUACAAGAUGGUGAUUGCAGAUGCUGAAUCACCAAGUCCACUCCGAAAACGUCCCCGACUGUCACUGAGGUUUCCAAAAGCUGGAACAUCACAGAAAGAGAGAUUGUCUGGCUCUGAUAGGAAAGAUGAAAUCCAAAAUGAGACAAAAGAAGUUUCAGAAGAAAGUAAAGAAGUUCAAGAAUUGUCUAUGAAUGGUGAAACUGGUGACACUUCAGAUAAAGAAGAAAAGGUUGUGCCUGCAGUUAGCUCCCUUGAAAACUUAGGCAACACAUGUUUCCUGAACAGUGUGUUACAGGUUCUGAGGUUUACUCCAGGCUUUCUGGAUGGACUAGAUGACUUACACAGUGAGAUUGUACAUGUGGAAAAAUGUCAAAAACAGGACACUUCAUCUAAAGAAUUACAGGAGGACUUGUCUUAUGAGCUAUCUCAAUCCCAGACAUGUGAUAUGAUGAAACACCUACACAAGCUUUACAAAUGUAUGGAAAGGAGAGAAGUGAAACACCCAGAAGUUGCCACCUCAGACGUGAUGUCUAUGGCACUGAAACCUGACAAGAUUCUUAACACUCUCAGAGAGCUGAACCCAAUGUUUGAAGGGAAUCUUCAGCAUGACGCCCAGGAACUCCUCAGAUGUAUGCUGUGUUACUUACAGGAUGCUGUCAAAGAAAUUAAAAAGAUCAAGAGUCGCCUACCUCCCAGUGCUUUACCUCAGUCCAAGGGUCCCCUCAACCCAAUCAUGCAAAAGUUUCUUUCAAGUGUCAACAAGUCUGAGAAAAUGGAAUUGAAACAAGAUGUGCCAAAUCCUGUGAACACAGUAGUUCAGCUUCCUGCUGUAGAUGUUGCAAAAUCAGUUCCAAAAGCAGACUUUUUGGAGGAGAUAGAGAAAAGUGAAUCUGCAAAAACAGCCCUGUCUGAGGUUAUGAUGGAUGUGCUGGAAGCUGACAUACCUGAUGUUGCUGUGAAAAUUGGUGUUAAAAAUGAACAGGGCUUGAAUGUUGAGGCUGAGGUUAAGCAAGAUGUAGAAAAGGUAAAGAUUUCUGUCUUGCCAAAAAGAUUAAGAUCAAAACGAACACAACCACCUUCUCCACUAAAGAAAACCCAGGAUAAAAAAUCUGAAAAGUUAGACGAGACAGAUGGGGAACCUUUAUUAAGGAGGCGGAGAGGAGGCACGAAGUUGACUGAGGAGGUUAAAGCAGAAUGUUUAUGUGAAACAGUGAAAGAUGUGACUUCAAAUAGGACAAAUUCAGCCAAAGCAAUUAAAAAUGGGGAGUUCAAUUGUGAAGACAAAGGUGAAUCAAGUGCAAAGUGUUCGUCACAGCCAAGUAUUAUAAGUAUGCUUACUGGAGACAAACCCUGUAAACGUUUGGGAAUGAGAGGUGCUCCAUUAAGGAACAAUCAGAACAAUAAUUGUUGUAAAGGGUCAGUAAAAGGUGGCAACCUCUCGGAGGAAACCUCAUCAGAUGUCUCCAUGUCAAAGGAUUCUUUGGUCAAGUCAAAAAAGAGGAAAGUUACAGCAGCAUUCAAGGGGGGAAAAGCUCAACAUGUGGACCCUCCAAAAGAUUCAAAUCCAGUCAAAAAAUUAAAUGUAUCACCUUCUAAGGGUAAUCAAGAGUCUGGCAAAAAAACUGAUUUAAAAAAACAAGAUGUGUCUGAAAAAGACAGCUCUCAGUUGUCAUCUGAGUUUCAGAAACUAAAAUGUGAAAAUGUAUUGGCUGAUGUUAGCGAUUCUCCGAAACAAGAUCGUCAGCCUUUGCUGAAACUAGAGAAAUGUGAUCAUGUAUGUGACAGUCCAAAAAAAUCAGUGAAUGCAGAUUAUGCAGAAAAAACUUUGUCUCCUAUGAAAACACCAAGUUCUUCUAAAAAUAAGAUUGUGGUAGGAAAUGCAAAGCAGAAACUGAACUUUUCUCAUCAUAGAUUGAUUAAUUCUCCUUCUAUGUGUGUAAAGCCUUGUCCAAAGACAAGUAAGGUGGAUUUUGUGGAAAAUCUUUUCAUGGGGAAAAUGAUGUUGAGGACGAAAUGUCUAGAAUGUGAAUUUUCAAGAGAACGCAUCGAGGAAUUUCAUGAUAUUUCUGUUCCUUUGAGAAAGGAAAAAACGGAUGAUAAUGACGAAGAAAUGGAGUCAGAUGAAGAAGACAACUCAUGUCUUAAGAAGAUGAUGGAUGCAUUUUCAGAAGUGGAACGUCUGCGAGAUGAGAACAAGUAUUACUGCGAUCAUUGUAUACGACAUGUUGAGGCAGAACGUUCUCUCCACUACGAAGUCUUGCCUGACGUUCUAUCUCUUCAUCUGAAGCGCUUCUCUGCUUCAUCUGGAUUGUAUGGCUAUGUAUCCAAGAUCAACGACCAUGUGACUAUCCCAUUGUCUUUACCUUGCCUUCGGUACAAGUGUCCUAGCCCAUGUAGCCGUCCUGAUCACAGGUAUAUGUUGUAUGGCCUGGUCACACAUGCAGGGGUCACUCUAACAUCUGGUCACUACCUCGCUUAUGUCCGUGUUCUGGGCAGCGGUCAGUCCAGACUAGGAGUGGAGUCUCCAUCUGUACAUAUAGGAGGGGAAAAGAGAUCUGGACUGGGAGGCAAGUAUCCGAGUGUGCCAAAACAGAUGUACGAGGAACAGUGGCUAGAAUGUGAUGAUGAAACCAUCCGUGUCUACAGCAAACAAGACUUCUGUGACCUUUUGAAGGGGGUGGGAGGGUUCUUACUAGGAACACCUUAUGUAUUGUUUUACCACAGGGUAAUACCUGGUGUACACUGGUGAUCUGAAGGCAGUUUCAGGUGUGAUGGUGAAAGGGAGAGUACGAACUCUAAGGGGAAUAGCUGGUGUACCUCAGUGACCUUAGGAAGAGGCCUGUUCUGUGGAACAGGUAAAAUCAAUAUAAAAUGUGGAUGGAAUAUGUGCUACAUUGUUGUCUGAUUCAGAAAGUGAUAUUAAGUGAUUUCAUCCUCAGGAUUUCAUCUAGUGUUUGGAAUGCCUUCAGUUACUAGUUCUCCCAAUAGUUUCUCAUCAUCUUACAUUUAUACCGAUAAAUAUUAUUUUAGUCUUUAGUGGGGCAGAGUGUGAUAGUUACCCCUGGAGUAUCGAGGAUGGUACCAGUACAAUCAGUUUUAGUUUGUAUCUUUUAUUAUUGGAUGUAACAUUUUAUUGAGGGACACUUAGGUAACCCAUGUAAUUAGCUUUAAUUCAUAUAGGUUUGUUGAUUCUAGAAACAGUGGCAAUAUUUAUUGAUUAACAAGAUCUAAAAUACAUGUUUAACAAUUUUUGGGCAUUUUUUUUAUACAUGUACAAUAUUCAGGAGGUUGAAUUUUCAUGGAUGAAUCAGGAUGAUAUAAAUAAUAACGAUUUCUACAACUAUUUAGCCUCUUUAAGCCUGUGCAUGAGUCUAAUGAGCCUUUAUCUCGUACACAAUUUUAUUGUGUUGUUUUAGGUAGUGACAGGUUAGUUCCAUUCUGUAGUUCAAUUUUGUUUGACAUGGUUUCUAGGUUUCCAGCUGAAGAAAGCAUAAGAUAUAUAAAUUUGACAAAAAUUUUUAUGUGUAAUGACUUUUCUACAUCAGCAUAAGCUGUAACAACACUAAUUAUAUUGUUAUACAUAAUGCAUAUGUAUAUUGUUGACAAAAUGCUGAUAUAACUUGCUGGGAACAUUUUGUAUCUGAAAUGCUCAUUGAAAAUUCAUGUGCAGUGAAUAUUGUAAUAUAGUAUAUACAUUUUGAGUGUAAAUAGUUGAAAUGCUGAGUCGUGAAGCUGUACAUAUUAGUACAUGUACCACCAAGUAAAUGGGUGCAGUGUAAUUGAGUAAUUUUAGUUCACAACAGAUAAACUACUUAGGGAUAAAAUCGUAAUUGAUGUCCAGUUCUGGUUCUUAUGAAAAUUAGUUCCAGUUUUGAAUUUUUUACCCGGUGAUUCACACAUCCACAUUUUUCCCCCCAGUGGUAAAAAUUUUUGCCGUAUUAUCAAAAGCUUGAUGCAAAGUGAUUCUUUGCUGAAGUUAUAACAUCCAAUAUUAUUAUUUUGCUCAGUUUUAUUUUCAAUGUAUCUUAUUUGUGGAUUAAUUCCAUCUUUGAAAAUACCUGGUUGUGAAAAAUGGAACCCCUCAAAAAUUACAACCUCCUCAGCAUGAAGAUGUUCUAUAUUCUAUCUUUCAUAGUUAUUCAGAGUUAUCUGCUCUUUGCUGUUUUCUCAUGGUGUUAGUCUCGCAAAACAACGUAAUCAUCACUACUACUCACAAGAGCAGAUUUCAGACAGAAUUUAUAUGUUAUUUUUGAUAAGUACUGUAGAUUUCAUGAAACACUGUUACAGAAUAUUAGGUGUAUGUUUAAUUGAAAAAGUAAUUGUACUGUAGAUGUCCUGAAACACCUUUAUAGAAUAUCCAUCUUCUGGAGAUAUAUCCCUCAUCUGUCAACACUAGAUGAAGAAACUAAUAUAUUGUACUAAUUUUACAUGAAAUGAUUGAAAUCACAAAUGAAAGAUUAUUAUGAAAGAAAUA